CGACGGAGCACAGCGACUUGCAGCCGUCCGCGCUGCCUCUGUGUGUUCAGCAUCGCUGCUCCAGGGCAACAGAGGGGGGCUGAGGGUCGCUGUUGCUGUGCCCCCUGCUCCUGGGACCUGUGCAACCGGGACCCCUGUCCCCAGAACCCCUGCUCCGUACUCCUGGGUCCAUUGUUCUCUGCUUGCCGGGUCCCCUCCUGGGACCUCCUCGUGUAAGCAGGAAUUCACAUUCUUGGGUCUUUCGGAGGGCCCAGCGCUAAGCGGCGGUGCUGCUGCUGCACUGUCACCCCGACGGAGCACAGCGACUUGCAGCCUUCCGUGCUGCAACAGAGGGGGGCUGAGGGUCGCUGUUGCUGUGCCCCCUGCUCCUGGGACCUGUGCAACCGGGACCCCUGUCCCCAGAACGCCUGCUCCGUACUCCUGGGACCAUUCUCUAUUUGCUGGGUCCCCUCCUGGGACCUCCUGGUCCCCUGCCCCCCCCCCCAACCACGAUUCGCGAUGGGACCCCAGGGCCGGGUGACGGGGAUCACUGUGCGAGACGUGAGGUUCCCCACGUCCCUGGAGCAGCACGGCUCUGACGCCAUGCACCGUGACCCCGACUAUUCGGCUGCUUACGUGGAGGUUCGCACGGACGCAUGCGGAGGCCUCUCUGGGUUUGGCCUCACCUUCACCCUGGGCAGGGGCAACGAGAUCGUCGUGUGCGCCGUGCGUGCCGUAUCAGACCUCGUCGUGGGCGAGCAACUUGAGCGAAUCUUCGAAGACUUUGGCUCCUUCUACCACCGCCUUGCCAACGACGGGCAGCUGCGCUGGGUGGGCCCGGAGAAAGGCGUCAUCCACCUGGCGGUGGCGGCCGUGCUCAACGCACUCUGGGACCUGUGGGCCCGGCUCGAGGGCAAGCCGCUGUGGAAGCUGCUGAGUGACAUGGAGCCCGAACAGCUGGUGUCCUGCAUCGACUUCAGCUACAUCACGGACGCGCUGACACGCGCCGAGGCGCUAGAAAUCCUGCGCAAGGGAAGGGUCGGCAGGGAGGCGCGGGAAAGCCAGCUGAUGGAAUCGGGAUUCCCGGCAUACACCACGUCCUGUGCGUGGCUUGGCUACCCAGACGCCGAACUCAGACAGCGGUGCACCGAGGCCCUGCAGGAUGGCUGGACAAGGUUCAAGGUGAAGGUGGGGAGCUCGUUGGAGGACGACGAGCGGCGCUGCCACAUCAUCCGAGACGUCAUUGGGCCCGACCGUACCCUGAUGCUGGACGCGAACCAGCGCUGGGACGUGCUGGAGGCCGUGGAGUGGACGCAGAAGCUCGCGAGGUUUCGGCCCCUCUGGAUCGAGGAGCCCACAUCUCCCGACGACGUGCUGGGUCACAAAUACAUCUCGCAGGCGCUGUCUGCGCUGGGGAUUGGCGUGGCGACAGGUGAGCAGUGCCAGAACCGCGUCGUCUUCAAACAGCUUCUGCAGGCAAAGGCGCUACAGUUCUGCCAGGUGGAUACGUGCCGCCUGGGCGGCAUUCCGGAGAUCCUCGCCGUGCUGCUCAUGGCCUGCAAGUUCCAAGUGCCCGUGUGCCCACAUGCGGGAGGCGUGGGGCUGUGUGAGCUUGCGCAGCACAUCAGCAUGUUCGACUUCCUCUCCGUGUCUACGUCGCUGGAGAACAGGGUGUGCGAGUACGUGGAUCACCUGCACGAGCACUUUGUGUUUCCUGUGCGCAUCCACAAGGCCGCCUAUAUGCCCCCCAUGGAGCCAGGCUACUCGACGGAGAUGCGGGAAGACUCUCUUCAAGAUUUUGAGUUCCCGGGCGGACGCGUGUGGCGGGAGCUCGCCAGCUCAGGGAAACAUUCGGUGGCAGCAGCGGUGACGGAGGGAGGCUCGUAGAGACGACAUUGCGAACAUCACAAACAUCGCAGAGCCAAACCAAAGCAACUACCCCUUCUGUGUGGCGCUUCUGCAAACAAAUAUUUCUGCUCCCGGCACAAAACACACAGUAUACCACUCACUAUGGCUGUGGCUUCUAAUCAUGUGCCUGCUCCAAUAUGACAGCAAACCGCAAAAAAUGGAUCUGUGAUUCUAACCAUUUUAUAAGCGGUGUCAUUGGGUAGCCCAGCACGAGUCCGCUUCGGAGCCGGUAUUCGGUCUCUGGUUUUCAAUCCCAGUCUUGAUAUUUAGUCUGUGGUUUCAUUUGCUCUCUGAUGUUUGGGGAGACCUUCAUCCAGCAGUGGAUAGAUCAUGUUUGCUGCUGAUGACGAUGAUCAUAAUGAUUUAAUCUAUGGUCACAAUAUUCAGUUUGCGGUAUUUGGAAUUCUGUCGCCGCUAUUCGGUCUCUGUGAAUUGACUGACCAAUUCACUUCAUGUAUAACGUCCAUGGAUAGUUUGUGUUAGGGUUGCCAGGUUCUAGAGACUGAGGAGGGAAGGAUGAGAUGGUGGGUUGAGUGCAUGGAGCAGGAUGGUCCAGUUAUGAAGUAGUCUAGGAUUUAACUUCGUCAUUAUCACUGCCAUCAAAUCAUUAUCGAGUUUAUUCCUGUGCAUCGCAGCCAUGCUACUGGUCCGAGUUAAACUUAGAGCGAUGAGGUGUGCUGGAGAGCCGCUUGUGAUGGGAGAGCAUCGUUGAGUUAGCGCCGUUUCUGAGGGGCAUGAGAAUACCUCCCACCACGAGGCAUAGAGAGGAGCAGAUCGCUGGGUUGGGAACGAGGUUUAGGUAUGACAAGAGGGUUCUGGUGUCCUUGGGGAUUCUGGCCCUGGGAAACAAUGAUUAUAUUAUUUUUAGAUCGCAUGAAUAAUGAAAAUAGAAAUUGUAGAAGAUGAACAAUUCCAUUUUCCAGCCGUAGCUGGGGUUGCAAUGUUCCACGUCCCCUUCCAAAGGUUUAUUCAAUUACGCGAUUCCUCUUGAAUAAAUGCGCUGAGUGGGGCCCGCACUUUCUCAUUACGCCGCCACAAUGGCUCCCGCAAUACAACAUUGUGUCGCGACGUGGCAUUUAUCGAGCAGAGGAGGCGCGCAAACGCCGCUCCGCUCCACUCCACCGAUGGUGACAAUCACUGCACCCGGUGAUUAAUGGAUGAAUGUCGUUCUGAAUUGACAGUCACUAUCUGGCAAGUAGCCGCCACUUUGUAGCCUAUACCACAGAAUCGGACAGGAACCUGUGGUCAUUCGCUUGAGGUGGUAAAUUUCGUUUAGGUCUCGUUUGAAAAAAUAUGUAUUUUUGCACUCUGACCUGGUUUUGAUUAAAAUAUAUUGAUUGUU